AUGUCGGUACCAGAAGUCGUAGUGUCGCAAGAGCACAUUUCUUCCUCCCUAAGCCUCGGGAAUGGCGUCGAGCUUGGGUAUCUGGACAGCGGCGCACCCGAACAACAGGUGUACACCACCAUCUUCGCCAUUCAUGGCAUGGGUUAUCAUAGUCCUGUGUUCCAGAAGGUUAUUGCGCUUUCCCCCGCCGUGGGUAUCCGCUUUGUAGCUGUUACGCGUCGUGAUUACAAUGGGUCAACGCCGUACACGGCCCACGAACUGAACGCGCUCCGAAACGGCUCCGACUCCGACAAACAAGCCUUUCUACGGGCGCGGGGGCUGGAGAUUGCUACCUUCAUCGAGCGGUUCAUCCAGGAGAACAGCUUACCGGCUCCUACCUCUGACGGGAAGACCGGUGGUAUCGGGAUUCUGGGUUGGUCGCUGGGUGCUUCGUUCGCCGUCGCUUUGGUAGCGGACCUACAAACGUACCCGACUCCCACUCAGAAAACAUUAGGACAAUACCUGCGCGCACUACUUUUGCAAGAGCCGCCGUCUAUCGCCCUGGGCCUUCCUCUUACCUCGCAGUCGUGGUCUCCCCAGAUCGACACUAGUAUUCCUGCCCGGUACCGUCAAACCGGCUUUGUUCAGUGGAUCACCUCCUACUUCGAGCAUGGCGACCUCUCGACGCGGGACCCGAACGUGCUCGAAUACGUCCUACCCACCGUCAAGCGCGUUCCAAGCGUGUUCACCAUGAGACAAGAUCAGCUUGGCGAGAUGACGAACAUCGACGCUGCGAAUGGCGGCGAUACCCUCAUAGUGGUCAGCUUUCCGCCGCAGCUGCGAGCUUGCUACAAGGAUGCGUUGUAUAACAAGGACAUCCGUGCCGCUCUCCCUCGCAUGAACGUUCUCGCGUUCUCGGGUGAUGCCACGGCCAAUUUCGGCAUCGUCGCUUUGUGGUCUGUCCAAGACGACGACGCCGCUGCUGGGGGCGGUUGGGUGGAGACUAAGAUCGUUCCGGGCAUAAACCAUUUUGUUCAUUGGGACGCCCCUCAGCUUGCUGUUGAAACUUAUCUCAGCGUCUUCGAUUGA